AAGGGGUCAUGCCUGUUUGCCUGUCUCUGAACAGAAAGGACGCUGCAUUAUCAGACGAUUAGAGAUCUAGCAUCGUGUGCGUCCGCCCUGCCCGCCCGCGUGUAUUAGCUCUCCUUGGAAUAGAGAAAAACGGUGUUACAAUCGGAUUACAAUAAAUUAUUACAUCUUGUUGGCGGGAAAAAUAAUAAAUGUUUAAUAAAUGUUCUAAAAGACCUUGUAAUUAGCUCUAAAUUACAAACUGCGAAACGGCUUUAUCCAAACUCCCUUUAGGGAAUUGUAGUUUUAUCGCAGGGCCUGAAACCAUCUAUUGGAAGAGGAAGACCCCUCUCAAAGAACUACAUAUCCCAUGAUUCCUGAGGGCGGCAGGGACGAAACAACCACAAUCUACCCACAGCUCUCUCCGUGCCAGGCUUCUCCAACGGGAAGUGGGGAUGAGAGCCUGACGCAUCCCUCCGCCCGGUGUUUCUCUUGUUUCCCGCCUGAAGCGCUGCCCUUCGGUUUAUGUAACGGUACCAGUGAUGUUAUGGAUAAGAAAAAUGUUGAUAUAUCUGCGAAGAAGCCAUCUUUCUUUGAAAUAUUCACAGUGCAAUGCAAUGAAUCAGAUUUAGGGACAAUAAGUCUCAACUGGUUUGAAGAACUCAGUUCAGAAGCUCCACUUUAUAACUCUAAAGGACCAGAAGAACCUGAACAUAAAACUAGUGACCUGGAAAGUACUUUUAAAACACCUAAGAGGAACCUGUCAGUAAAUAGCCAGUUUGCAUCAACUCCAAUGAUAUUUAAAGAACCAAAUAAAACUGUACCAUUUGUAUCUCCUAUAAAAGAAUUGGAUCAGAGCAAAGCAGAAGCAGUGCUAAAUGGAAGUUUGCUGCAUACACCCAAGAUUUUUGAGAUUCAGACACCAAAAUGUAUUUCUGAAAGCUUGGGAGCAGAAGCCGAUCCUGAUAUGACAUGGUCAAGUUCAUUAGCAACGCCCCCUACACUUUCUCCAACUGUCAUAAUAGCUAGAGGAAAUGAUCUGGUUUCUGGAACAAAGCAACAUAAUGAAAGAAUUGAGAUGGUCAUGCACAGCCUUGUCUCCAAGUAUGGUAGAAGUCCCAAGAAGAAGAGUGUGAAUGUGCAGUCCACAUCAAGAAUGGAAGAUAUCUGUGCAGAAACUGACAGCAAAAUCCACAAUUUUGAAAGAUUAUUAGAUGGAUCCUUUGGUAAGAGCAUAUUUCCCAGUACAUUAGGAGGAGAUCAAAUGCUAGCAAGUGCUUUGAGGGAUAAAGAUAUGCAUGACGGAAUGGAGAGUGAUCUUGCUGUACGCUUUGCAAGCAGCAAAGCCUUUCUAAAAAAACUAAAAACAGUCAAACAGAAUAAGACAUGUUCUGAUAAAGUAAAACUUGAUGAAUUUCAGGAAAAUGGUAGAACAAUUAAGGAUCUUAACAACAAACCUAUAGCAAAAUAUGAAAAAGACUUAAAUUCCUCCAAGGGAGAUCUGCAGACAAUUAUCAUUCCAAAUCACAGAUUCCAAUCACAAAUUCCAAUGCAAAAGCACUCUGAAGAUCAGAAUAGUAUGCACAGAGAAGAGGAAAUUCCGUCAUCUUUGCUCUGCUCGUGGUCUCAGCUGGAUUUGUCUGGUCUUGACAUGACACAGCUUGAAAAAGUGUCCUCCCACUAUUCUGGUUCAUCUUCUACUUUACAUGUCAAGACAUGUUCUGAAGAUAGGCAAAUACCUGUUGUCAAAGAGUGUGCUAGUACUAAAACGUUAGAAUCAUGUAUUCAAAACACAUCAAGUCUAAGAAAAGGUCACAAGUUACUGAACACCAGUUGUCCAGAAAUACUGCCAGCUGCUGAAACAUCUCCUGUUGCAGUUAUGAGUAAGAAGGGUCCAACAUUGAUGAAAGACUCUGAGGCUGAGCUGGCAUCUGUUAUAAGUGUUUCAGACAGUAGUCCCUUCCAAAUGGAAAACACAACUUUUUCAGAAGUUGAUAAUAGUUGCUGCCAUAAUUUCUCAAGAGAAAAUUGCAAAAUAUCUUCAGACCCUGCUCUUGGUAGUGUUUCAACUCAAACUGCUGGUGAUGUUAGAGGACUAGCAAGUUCAGGCCUGAAAAGCAUGGCCUCACUUUCUAGUUUGAGAAGGCGACCCAAAAAAUUUAUUUAUGUGGUAAAUACUCCAGUUAACCAGGAAGAAAGAACCACACAAAGAGAUGGUUCGUCUGCUUGUCUUGAGCCAACUUGUGCAGAUUUAAAAUCUUGUGUAUCUGAAGUAUCUGAAACAGCCAUCAGGAACAAAGGGCAAAAGGAAGACCUUGCAUGCACUAAAAAACAUGUAAUUGAAGAAAAACAGCAAAUAGACUCUGAGAAAAACUGUGUUCUUACUAAUGUUUUCCAUGAAGUUCAAGACAAUGAAAAGUCAAGCAGAGAAUGUAAUUUUACAGAUCAGUUGUCAAUACUUCUGCAGACAGACAGCAAAAAAGAAACAGUUAUGCUUCCUAAUAUAUUUGCUAAUCAAGGAACAGGGUCAAGUGAAAACAAGUUCUGUGCCAUUGGUCACAAUAUCAAUUUAUGCAGAAAGGAUGGUGGAGAAUGUGUCAAUCUUACAAAUUUCAGUUCGUUGCAAGAAGCUGUUCUUGAGGAAUCUGCACUGGGAAUGCAAGCAUCAAAAGCAGGAAACAAGCAAGCAGGCUUGGAAUUAGCUACACAACAUUCUUUGGCAAGUGGUACUCAAAUGACUGAACUUGGGUAUCAAUCAAAGGAAACAGCAAAACUUACUAUAGAUGAAUCUGCUAAGCUUACAGCAUUAGAGAAGAAAUUAGACCCAGGAGAGCCUCUACCAUUAGACUUCACAGAAAAUGUUGAUAGCAAGCAGAAAUUGUUAGGAUGCGAAAGGCAUAGCAAAACUCCAAAUUUUGGUGGCUUCAGAACAGCAUCCAAUAAACAGAUAGCACUGUCUGAUAACAACAUUAGAAAAGGCAAGUUGCUGUUCAGAAACAUAGAAGAUGCAUUUUUUGAAGGUUUUUCCAACAAAGUAAUGCAAAAUAUUUCAAAUGAAAAUGCACAGGGAAAUGCUGAGAUUUCCUCACUUUGGAGGAACAAAUUGAAUGAAAAUCCAUCUAAUAUUUUACAUGUUUCUGAUUCGCUGGUUAUUCAGAUGAAUGAUGCUCAAAUUAUUUUUCCUGAAUGUGCCAAUUCACCUUUUCAGAAUGUCCUUAAAAAUCAACAUCUUGAAGGAAAACUAAAUUUAACAGCAAGCCAAGAAGCUGAAGUUACUGAACUUUCUAAUAUACUCGAAGAAACAGGUAGUCAGUUUGAAUUUACACAGUUUAGAAAGCAUAAGACUGUGGCGUACAAUAAUACUGGUGAGGUGUCUGGAAGCUAUGAUAAAAAUGAUACAUGUUUUGAUGUUUGGAAAGAUUCUAAUUUUGAGAAAAGCUCGGGAAAAAAGACUCAAAGAGGCAAUGAUCUGUCUCCCAAUAAACAUAUAGGCACAACUAAGGAAUCUAAGAUUCAGAUACAAAGCAGUGAAGAAGCUACAUCAAUUAAUUCAGCAAGUAGAAAACAGAACAUAAAUUUUGUUCCAAUAAUUUCAGCACCUUUGCAAUUCAGCUUGUCUGAUGUCGGGGGCUGUAGUUCAGCUGGGGGCAAAGAGAUGAGCAUUUAUGGUGAUACUAUAAAGAAAGCAGAAAAAUUAGUCAGUGAUGUAGGUGGAGUGAAUGAAAUGCUUAGCUCUCACAAAAAAAUAUUUCAAAGUGAUUGUUCAAAUAUGCCCAAUAAACAUUGGAGUAAUCCCGACUGUAUGAAGGAGGGAGGUAUUGAUUGGCAUCAGAGGGUCAAAGAAGUAAGUGCUGAAUAUCUGAUGAAAAAUAAUGCAAAAGAUACAAUUACAUUUGUGAAAGAAAAUAUAGAAAGCAAGUCAAAAAGUGCAAACUAUAAUGGGGACAAUGUUGUUCAGGUUUCUAGUACUACAGAAGUUAACCUAAAAAUUAUUAAAAAGUACUGUUUUUACAUGACAAGAAAUGAACUCCCAUCCUUUGAAAAUAAACAGAGCAUAUUAGUCUCUCAUCACUUUGAAAACUGUGGAGAAACUCAGCAUAACUGUAAUUUGCAAGAAACUUUGUCUGAUCUGACAUGUUUAGCUGAAGUUGCUAAAACUGAAAAAAAAUCCACAUUGAAUAGUGCAGAUGAAAAAGAAAACCUUAUUUUAAAUCAAGAAGAAGAAAAAGUGAACAAUCCAGAAAGUAGUAAUUUUCUACAGAGAGUUCACACAAUUGCUGAUGGGAAUAUAUUUGCAGGAAAGAGUAAAGUACUUCAUUUGUUGGCAGGCUCCUGUGCGAGAGAAGAACUAGAGAAUGUGUCAUCUUCCAGAGUGAAAACUAGUGCUAGAAGUAAAAAGGGAGCUAUCAGUCCUGUAAAAAAGAGUAUUUAUUUAAGUGAAGCUGAAAGUUUAUUUCAAUCCAAAGAAAUCCCUGAAAUCAGAAAAGAAAAGCACAUUGUUGCAAUGGGUUUUCAUACGGCUAGUGGGAAGCAAAUUAUAGUCGCUGAUGAAUCAUUAGCAAAAGCAAGGCAUCUUCUUUCAGAAGAAGAAACUAUUUUUCCCAAAAAGGAGGAGGAUGUUUGUAAUUUUGUCAAACCUAUCAUUCAAGUGUCAAAAGAGAAAAGGAACGAGAACAUUACCAAAGUAAGUAAAGAAGGAACUGAAAAACAUGAAUAUCUGCAUUCUAAAGGUAACUUUGAAGAUCUUCCAGAUCUGUUGUCAGACACUAGUAAACAGACUGAGCAUCCUGAAACAAUUGAAGAAUUUUCUUUGGAGAUGACUGCAUCUGAAUCAAAUUUAGUAUCUCAUACUGGAAGGAAGGAAGUGUAUGCCGUAAAUGAAGGAUUGUUGGGAAAGAAUAAUCUGGCAUACACAUCAAGAAAAAAUAUUUUUAAAACUAUAUCUAUUAAUUCUGAUAUCGAUCAGUAUUUAUCUGAUGAAGGGUCGGGUAUUUGUGCGAAACAAGGUUUUCAACACUUGUCUUCUAGAAAUGCAAGUAAUGUAUUAAUUAAUAAUAAAAACCUUGAUUCUUCAGAUUUAACUUGCAAUACCACUUCAAAGGCUAAUACCUCUGCUUUUAAGAGUGAGCAUUCUUUGUUGAACCAUUUACCUGAUACAUGUCAUAAGAUAAAUUUUUUGCCAGAGACUUUUACUGAUAUUUCUGAAGAAACAUCAUCAAAAAAUUUGAUUGCUGAAAACAAUAGCAUUUUUAAAGAAACUUCUAAAAAUGAGAGUAGUAUGAUACAUAAAUGUGACUUAAAAUUGUUGAAUGCCAACAGUUUGCAGAAAUAUUUAUCCAAUGAAGCCUUGGCUUCAAAACUAUUGAAGGCUGGGCCAGUUGCAUUCGAUACAGCAAGUGGUAAAACUGUUGGAGUUUCUCAGGAAGCAUUAAAAAAAGUCAAACAGUUGUUUCGUAAAGACUGCUAUAAAUCCUUAGAAGAGAAUAUGGAAUAUCAAUCUAAAGCAAAUAAACAUGACCAUUUAGAAAGCUGUUCUGAUAUCUUGGGCAAUAGAAAAUUUGUUGCUUCUAUAAACUGCUUAGGUGUAGAGAACAUUCCAGUGGAAAAUGUAGUUGCACUCCAGUUUUCUAGACCCAAAGAGUACUGUGAAGAUAAGGAAGCACUGCAGUAUACUGAAUCUAUGACCUUGGAUACUGGGCCUGAGUCAUGUUUUCAAAUGAAUAAUAAGCAUUCUGAUACAUGGUCAUCCAGCAAGCAUAAAUGUAUCAACUCAGAUUUUUCUACCAGUAACUCUGUGUUUUUUAGCACAGCUAGUGGAAAACCUGUACAGUUAUCUGAAGAGUCGUUAAAGAAAGCAAAACUGCUUUUUUCUGAAAUUGAAAUUAAUUUGUCAGAUCACCAGAGUCAUAUCUCUGAUUGUGAUUACAGUUAUGAGGAAGCAUCUUCUGCCGGGAACAAAGAAACCCCAAAGGAAAAAAAAUCAUUUGUAUCCCAAGAAAAAAGACAUCCAAAUAGUCAAGUGAAUGCAAAUAUUCCUUGUGGUUUUAGCACAGCAAGUGGAAAACAAGUUCAAAUUUCUCAAAAGGCUCUCCAGGAUGUUGUGGGUUUCUUAAAAGAAUUUGAUGAUGUCAGUAAUAAUAGUUGCUCUGUUGAUCAACAGAGUUUGGGGCAAGAUCAUAUUUCACCCAUUAAAGCUCUUGCUACAGAGACUAAAGUGGAGGAUGAAGUUACUUCAAAAUCUAAGCCACCAGAGAAAAAUACUGCACCUUAUUUAACCGCAAGUAAAUCUAAUGACAAGAAAAUUUCUAAAAACCUGUUGAGUACUAAAAUACCUGUGUGCAUGUCUCAUACUGAGAAAUACAAGCAACUAGCUGAGUUGGAGAAGAGCUUUCCAUGCUCAAAGGAAUUUGAGCCUUUGAAGACAACCUGGCCGUGCCUGAGUAGAAUGGAAACAAAAUGUGCAACAAAUCUUGAUACUGUAACAGAAGAAAAUCUGGAUUUUCAUUGUUCUUGUUGCUCACAAACCCCAGAAAAUUACUUAGAAAUAGAAGCUUCAGAAAGUGCAAAAGCUUUCAUGGAAGAUGAUGAUCUUGCUGAUUCAGAAGGACAGAAAAAUAAGUCCUUGAGUUCUGAGAGGACUGAUAAUUGUAUGUCAUAUACAAGAAUCGGAAAAAGGCACAUGAAAGAAGAAAACACUUUUGGAGAACCUCCUAUUAAAAGAAAAUUGCUACCUGAAUUUGAUCUGUCAGAAGAAUGCAACAAAUCAUCUUUGAAAGCUUCAAAAAGUACUCCAGAUGGUGUAAUGAAUGACAGGAAAAAGUUUACCUACAAUAUUCCUUUAAAGCCGCUGAUCUGUGGUCCUUUUAGUUCUACAAAAGAACGGCAAGAAGUUCUGAAUCCGAAUCUUACUACCCCAGACCAAGAUCUCAAAGGAUCUAAAUUGGACAGAUUUGAGCAACGUAUUUCAAAACAGCCUUCAAGCGAACCAUUCAGGUUUUUUAUUCAGUUUAGUAAGACUUUAACUGAGGAAAGCAAGAAAGCAGAAAAUUAUCAUACAGGAAAGAAACCUGUCAAAGUCUUUGUACCACCUUUCAAAACCAAACCAAAUACAUCUGAGGAUAAAAGAGUUAACAGUAAAGAAUCUGUCUUAAGGGACAUCAAAAGUAUUAAUGGAAAGGAAGAGGUCAGUUCUACAAAAGGUUAUGAAAACGCCAUUGACUCUGAAAAUAAUCACUUUGAAAAUAAUAAUUCCACACAAAUAUCAGCUCUGAAUUCAGAACCCAGAGAUACUAAUUCAGCAAAUCUUCAGCGUGCCAGAAACCUACAAGAAAUCAGAAUUAUAAAGAAACAAAAGCAAAGAAUUCGCCCACAACCAGGCAGCCUGUAUCUUGUGAAAGCAUCAGCUACUCCUUGCAGAAUCCCUUUGAAAGCUGUAGUGGGAGAGAAAUUGCCUGGUUCUUUCGUCAGUGAACAGUUGUAUGCACUUGGUAUUUCCAAGCAGUGUAUAAAAAUAAACAGCAGAAAUGCAGAAGAUUUUCAGUUUAUCAUCCAGGAUUUUUUCAGUAGAGAAUAUUUUCUAGAACAACAUGGAAUACAACUGGCUGAUGGAGGCUAUCUUAUUCCUACUGAUGAGGGAAAGGCAGGAAAAGAAGAAUUUUAUAGGGCUUUGUGUGACACACCUGGUGUAGAUCCUAAGCUAAUUUCAAAAGCCUGGGUGUACAAUCAUUAUAGGUGGAUUGUAUGGAAACUAGCAGCUAUGGAAGUUGCAUUUCCACAGGAAUUUGCCGAUAAAUGUUUGACUCCAGAAAGAGUACUGCUUCAACUAAAGUACAGGUAUGACAUGGAAGUUGACAAAAGUCAUCGUUCAGCCAUCAAAAGGAUAACAGAGAGAGAUGAUGUUGCUGCUAAAACACUCAUACUGUGCAUCUCUAAAAUCGUAUCAUUAAACACAAAUAUGUUAAACAUCUGUGGUGAUAAAAGCACUGCUGAGGACAGCAAAAAAGACAUGGCAGUGGUUGAAGUUACAGAUGGCUGGUAUGGAAUUAAGGCUGUAUUGGACCCUCCCCUUCAGUCACUAUUGUAUAGAAAGAGGUUGACUGUAGGUCAAAAGAUUGUUGUACAUGGAGCAGAACUUGUGGGUUCUCAGGAUGCAAGUACUCCACUGGAAGCACCAGAAUCUCUUAUGCUGAAGAUUUCAUCUAAUGGUACUCGACGUGCUCGAUGGUAUGCAAAAUUAGGAUAUCAUCGGGAUCCUCGGCCAUUCUCUUUGCCCUUGGCAUCGCUCCUUGGUAAUGGUGGGACUGUUGGUUGCAUUGAUGUUGUUAUUCAAAGAGUUUAUCCCAUACAGUGGAUGGAAAAAACAGCAGGUUCCUAUGUGUUUCGUAACUGUCGAGCCGAAGAAAGAGAAGCUGCAAAGCAUGCUGAGAAUCGACAAAAAACCCUAGAAGCAUUGCUUGCAAAUAUACAAGCUGAAUUUGAGAAGAAUGAGGAUGAUGGCAGAAGAGACAAAAGAGUACUGCGAUCCCGCACAUUAACCAGACAACAGAUUCGAUGUUUGCAAGAUGGUGCAGAACUUUAUGAGGCAGUUCUUAAUGCUGCUGAUCCAGCCUAUCUGGAAGGCUAUUUCAAUGAGGAGCAAUUAAAGGCCUUGAACAGUCAUAGACAGAUGGUAAAUGAUAAAAAGCAAGCAUUUAUAGAAGCAGAAUUCAGGAAGGCAGUGGAGUCUGCUGAGCAGGAGGAAAACAGUUCCUGCAGAAGGGAUGUAACCACUGUAAUCAAGCUGCGAAUUGUGGAUUAUAGAAAACAAGAAAGAGAAAAAGAGAUUUUAUUGAAUAUCUGGCGUCCAUCAUCACAUGUUUGUACACUCCUAAGGGAAGGAGGCCGGUAUAGAAUCUUGCAGUUAACUGCAUCCCAAUCCAAAGGCAAGUCGGAGACUAAUGAGAUACAGCUAACAGCUACCAAGAAAACUCAGUAUCUGCAGGUGCCAGUUUCUCAAGAGAUCCUAUCACAAGUUUACAGGCCAAGAGAGUGUCUGCAGUUCAGCAAGCUGUUGGAAUCAUCUUUCCAACCAACCUGUUCUGAAGUGGAUGUGGUGGGAUAUGUAGUUUCUCUCAGAAAAGGAACAGGUUUUUCUACGUUGAUGUACCUGUCAGAUGAAAAUCAUAAUCUCAUAGCAGUCCAGAUCUGUACAGAUCUUAAGCAGCUUGCUGUUAAUGACAUAAUUAUUCCUUCGGUGUUGAUCUCUGCAACCAAUUUAAAAUGGCGACCUGAAUUCAGAUCAGACAUCCCCACCUUAUUUGCUGGAGAUCUUUCUGCAUUCUCCUCAAAUCCAAAAGAAAACCAUCUCCAAGGAAUGUUUAAUGAACUGAAAAAUACUGUAGAGAAUGACGUCUGCUUUGGCAAAAAUGUACAAUGCAAACUGAUGAAUUUGCUUCAUACAGAUGGCCCACAAGCAUUUAACUUGCCCAACGAAUGUGGGUUGGAUCCCUUUUCUUGGAAACCUGGUGCAGGGAAAAAACAUUCAAUUGCAACUCCUAGCAGUGUCCUAAGGAUUCAGAGCCCUUUAUCACUUGGAAAGCUAGAUUCAAAGCCAUCAGUCCCUCUAGACUCAGAAAAAAUAACACCAGAACUACAAGAAACCCCCAAGAACUGUAAGAAGAGAAAAGCAAUGGACCUGCUUAGUCAAGUACCUUCCCCUCCACCAGUGAAGCCAAUCUGUACAUUUAUUUCUCCAUCCCUGAAAAGGGCAUUUCAGCCACCUCGAAGUUCUGGUACCCAGCAUGAAAGAUCACUGAAAAGAACAGAAUGUAAUGUUAAAAAAUCUGCCCAGAAAAGCUUUAACGAGACAGGCUUUCCUUCUGAAAACAAUUUUGUUGCUGAUGAGGAACUUGCUAUGAUAAAUACACAAGCCCUCUUAAGUAAUUUUUCAGAAGAGAGACAGUCUGAUUCUGUGGCUCAAACUAUGUAUUCAGGACCCAGUGAUUCACCUGUGAGCCUUUUAGUAAAGAAUAACUCUUUCCAGUCCACUGGUAAAACAAAUACAUUUCAGGACAGUACUGAGGCUCCUAUGAAGGAGACAAAUGGAACAAGUACUUCAUUGGCUGUGCAGAAGAAGUUGCAAAGAAAGAAAAAAUAGUACUACAAAUACCCUAUACUUUUACUGCAUAUUUUAAUCAUUAAGUGAUCUUAGUAUACUUUGUAAAGCAUUGUAAAUGUUUGUACAGACUUGUUUGUGUAUUACACAUUUCACUCAGAAUAAAGAUUAAUUAUGUAUUCUCUACCAAACAGAAUAUUGAGAGCCCAAUAAAAAUGGCUGUAAAUUUUAAAAUCCUGAAA